CUUCCAAUCCAGCCCUUGAGCUGCCUCGGCAGUCGCAGCACAAAUUCGCGUCUGCAUCGUCGUGCUCGUGCCUGCCGGCCCCUCUCUCCUUUUGCUUUGGCUUUUGCUACCGCAUCGGCAGCGCUCUUGCUCGUCGUUGAAAUAUCCACAGGGGAAAAGAAAACAAACAUUCUCCUCCGCCUCGGCCCCAAGCUGCAAACCCCCUCUGCGAAGUCUCCCACCGCCGCGCGCCGAUCCGGACCGGAGGCCUCCUGCUCUCUACCCACCUCGCGGCCUCGCCCCGUGGAUCUGCGCGGCGGCCGGCGGGCGCGAUGGCGGAGCCGGAGCGGGAGCAGCAGCGCCCGCUGCUGGAGGUAGAGCAAUCCGUCACAUCCAUACCGGAAGAUCAUGAAGCCACAUGUUGGGGCUGUGGGCUCCGGCUUGUUUUUGCGAGUUAUUCACCUAUCUAUAAGUGUGGCUGGUGUGGAGCCAUUACGCAAAUUAACCAGACCACAAGGAAACCUGAUAGUAUAUGGUUUUCCCACUGGAGGCGCCUACGGGACAGAUUCUUUGUGACUGUGCUCAUCCUCUUCAUGCUCUUUGUUAUAUGUGGUGGGGUCUGGGCGGUAUAUCCUAUUGUUUUCUCAAUCAGCAACUUUUGUGGUAUCUUUCACUGCAUGGUAACAGCUGUGUUGGCUGUAUUUACCAUCACAAGCUAUUGCUUGGCCUCUUUUAAAUCUGCAGGCGCACCAAUAAGCAUACGGUGGGGCAGCUAUCCCAUGGUUGGGAAAAGUGAUCUUGACAACUAUACCUUUUGUGCAUACUGUAAUAAACCAAAGCCCCCCAGAGCACAUCACUGCCGAUCUUGUAAAAUGUGUGUGGUGGACAUGGAUCAUCAUUGCCCAUUUAUUGGCAACUGUGUGGGAGCAUCAAACCAUCAAGUGUUUGUCAUUUUUCUUAUAUCUGUGGUUAUUAGUUGUUCUUAUGCUGCUGGGAUGACCAUAUAUGCGAGUUAUAAGAUAUGGCCCUCUGUUGAUUUUCCAAACCUAGCAUCAAACCGUCACUCAAUGAGUUUUUGGAAAAUAUUGUUGGAGAUUAUUACUACAGUUGCAGGCUCUGCCUUCUUCUUGUCAGCAAGGGGUCUAAUUCUGGUAUAUCUAGCAUUCGCUAGUUUAUCAGUCAAUGCUGGUAUAGGUGUAUUACUGUGCCAGCAGCUUAGUUAUAUCUAUGAAGGAAACACAUAUCUCAACCAUAUAAGUUCACCAAAUCCCUUGCAUGGAGAGAGGGGUUUUCAGAACAUUGUUAGAUUUUUUGGGUGCCCUUAUCCAAUUGCCAGAGUUCUGUUGCGAUACUCAAACACUGGCAAGUUGCAGGAUAAUUCAGGGUCAAAACUUCUUUAGAGGUUUCAGUGAUACACUUUUACUGUCCCAGCAAUUCAGACAUGUAUGGAAUUAGUUGUUCCAAUUCAAGAUGGUUUCUGUUACCCAGAACCGUGAUUUGUGAACCUCAGUUGACCACCAACAGAUUAGUUUGAAUAACUGAAGCCGUUCAGGGACAAAAUACUCAUGAUUAUCCAUGUUCUAGAGGAAGAGCAUUAGUUGUUCAUGGGGAUGUCACUCACACUGAUUAAGUAGAACAAUUUCGGCAGAUGCUGAAAUACCAUGUGGCCUGCGCAUUCAUUGCCUGCAGACAAUCAUAAGGUGCUGAUGGUCUUGCAAUAAAUUGCAGUAUCUGAAAUCUGCAUCAUCAUCACUGCCUUUUUCAACAGAGUCGAAGAUCGAAGCUUCACGCUGCAGAAGUGGUCAUUAUGAUUAAAUCUGACAGUGAUUUUGAGUGAUGCUAGAAUUUUGAAGACAAAUAUGUAUACUACAAAACCUCUAUGACGUUAAUACACUGACAUGUGUAUAGGAAAACAUUGUAACAUUCACUUGGUGUAAAUUAGUUGAUUAACCAUGUACAUGUAUGUGGCAUUCAUUGUUUUCUUCAACGGUUCAACCUUUUUGUCUU